AUGAUGAACUUUAAUAGAUUAAUAUUAAAAAACAAUAAUAAUAUUAAAUUAAUAAUUAAAAAUAGUUUUCUUACAAACAGGGUUACAUUUACAAGUUCAAUUAGAAACUAUGGUAGAUAUAAUAGCUCAACAACUACAACAAAUGAAACUCUCUCACCAAGACAACAAGAGAUUAAAUCAAGAAUGUCAAAAGAAGAAUACGAAUAUCAUCAAGAAAGAAUGAGAUAUGAAGAAGGUAAAUCAGAUUUGGUUUUUAAUAAAGAUUUAAAAGCAGAAAAAAAAGAACAAGAAUUAAAAGAACAAGAGAAAUAUUCCACCGAACCAUUAAUCUAUGAUGUAUCCAUGAAGAACUUUAAUGAUGUAACUAUGAAUUCAAAACCACCAGUUAUUUUAAAUUGUUAUUCAAAUAAAGGCGAUUUAUCAAAACUAUCAAACGAAGCAUUAGAAGCAUAUGCAAAAGAAUAUGCAGGCUGUUUUGUUCUUGCCAAGUUGGAUGUCGAUAGUAAUAUUGAAAUAGCAGCAGAAUUAAAAAUUACAAAGUUACCAACAAUGUUUGUUAUACAUAAUCGUGAAGUUCUUCAACAAUUUGUUGGAUUACCAAAUCACGAGGCAUUGGACGAGUUAAUUCAAAGAUUGAUAACUCUAUCAGGUGGAUUAGUUAAUGGUAAAACUAUUGAUCAAAAUCAAGCAAUUGCAGAAAACUAUAUUAGAUCCAAUCAAGAUGACAAAGCUCUCGAAAUUUAUAAUAUGCUUUUAGAAAAAGAUACAACACAAUCAUUUAGAACACUUUUAGGUUUAGUCCAAUGCUAUACUAAUUUAAAUAAUGAAGAAAUGGUAAAUCAAACUCUUUCAACAAUUAAAGAAAAAUUCCCAAAUGAAUUAGAUCACAGAAAAAUUUCAAUUUGCAAAAGAAUUUUAGAUUUAAAAAAAGAGGUCUCAAAGGCAGUCGAACAAUACAAAAAUAUCUCAGUCUCUGAAUUUGAAAAUAAAAUCAAGGAAAAUCCAAACGAUAACGAUUCCAAAUACGAUGUUAGUCUUUUAUACUAUCAACAAGGUCAAUAUGAAAAAGCCAUUAAUCAAUUAUUAGAAAUCAUAAAGUUUAAUAAAAAAUAUACUCGUUCAAAUGUCCCAGAUAGUAAUGAUUCUGCUAAAAAUUUAUUAAUUAAAAUUUUUGAAUCUUUAGAUAACCAAGAUCCUUUAGUUAUAAAAUCAAGAAAUAAAUUAAAUAAUAUUUGGUUUUCAUAA